UAUUACUCCAGUGAGGGUUUCGCUUUCAGGCUCUCUUAAAAGUGUAUGAGAAUUACCUUUCAGUAUAUGUUGGUCUGGUAUCUGGUGCAUAUGAUGACCAGUUGCAGUGGCCUUGUCUAUGGAGAAAAAUAACCUUCCAGAUACUUGACCAGAAUCCACACAUACAGAAGCACAUGUCCUCUGAGAAAAGCUUCACGACUGACCCUACUUUGGUUUCUUCCUAUGGCAGAAAUGACUGGGACAAUCCUCGAAAUAAUGGAACUCGAGUUGUCAUUGGCAAUGAGACCGUAUAUGUGGGAAUUUUUUGGGGCUAUCAAUAUGCCAUAAUGAACGAAGAUCUCACUAAAAGAGAGUUUAUCAAGGGUGGUGACAUCAUAUUUCUCUUCAGCAUGCAAGGCUUUAAUGCCAGACUGUAUCAACUUUAAAAAGCAAGCUCUUAAAAACGGAUCUUGGAACUCUGCAAUCUUUUCAAUUUCUUUCGUGUUUCAAAAAGGGGUUCUGUGUGAACAGGUUUGAUGGCAAGAAUUCAAAUGUUGUUUAUUAAUCCUCAAUACUUUGUCAUAGAUAUCUCAGGGCUGUUUCAAUCUGAGUUUUUACCCAGCCCAAAAGUGACAAUAAUGGAUUUCAGCGUUUCUUCACAUUCAACUGCCCAGCAGGGAUCAUGUGCU